AUGGUUCUAAAAAUUGGAUUUAUCCCAGAGCAUUUCUCCACUCCUCUGCAGUUUGCCAAAACCAAAGGAUAUUUCGCGCAGAAUGACAUAGAAUGCGAGCUGAUUGAGUACCCGUCGGGCUCAGGACACCUAAUUCAGUCUCUUAAGAGCCGAGAAAUCGACAUUGCCAUUGGACUCACAGAAGCUUUUGUCAGGGGUCUCUGCGAGGGCGAUCAUGAAAGCUACCAAAUUUCCGGCACAUAUGUGCAGUCGCCUCUCUGCUGGGCUAUUUCCACCGGUGCCCAGCGUUCCGACCUAAGUUCCGAAACCCAACUUCAAGACGCAUCAAUUGGAGUUAGUCGGAUUGGCUCAGGCUCUUACGUGAUGUCAUUUGUUCUGGGUUUGCAGCACCACUUCAAAAGCCCCUUUUUCAAGAAGUUUGUCGUCUUGGACAACUUUAAGAAUCUCAGAGACUCGGUCAAUAAAAAGGACAACGUCGAGGCUUCGGACGCAUUUAUGUGGGAGCAUUUCACGAGCAAGAAAUACUACGACAACGGUGAGAUCAAAAAGAUUGGCGAGAUCUACACCCCGUGGUCUUCGUGGGUUAUUGUCUCAGGCAAAAGUGUAGAGCAAGCGCAUUUGUCAUCCUUUUUGAAGGCCGUGCAGCAGGGUAUCGAGUACUACAACAGCCACAAGGAUGAGGCUGCAAAGUAUAUUGCUGACCAUUUGGACUACUCGUAUGAGGACGCCAAGGAGUGGCAGAAGACUGUUAAGUUUGCUGACGACGUCACGAAUAUCGAUUUUGAAAAGGACAUCCUUGGCACCAAGUCUGUCCUAAAGACUGCCGGCGUCGUCCAGAAGGACGGUUCUGAAACGGACGAGCAGAUUUUGCAGAAGCUGCAUGCCGGAGUCAUCAACUAG